UGGAAUAAGCGAGAAGCUCUAAAUCUCAUCUCUCGUCCCUUUUAUUAUAACUUUCAUCUUCUUCUUCUCCAAUCUCUCCUCCGAUCAAAUCCAUUUUUUUUUUUAGCUAUCGACAGAGGUUUACACAGAGAAGCAGAACAGAACAAGGAAUUAUAUAAUCAUUCGUUUACCCAAUCUGAACUGCAGCUCAUGGCGCUUAACCCUCAAUUGCUACCCAAUGGGAUGCCGGUUCCCUUUGUUAAUGAAAUGUUCGUUCUAGUCAGAGAUGGUGUUGAGUUUGAAGUCAACAAGAUCCCUGGAGGGCAUGGAGGUCAGGUUAAGUCCAAGGGAGUGAUUUACUUGUCCAAUAUACGGAUGGUCAUUGUUGCAAGCAAGCCUGUUGAGAACUUUGUUGCUUUUGACAUGCCCCUGCUUUUCAUCCAUGCUGAGAAAUUCAAUCAGCCAAUAUUUCACUGCAACAACAUUGCUGGACACGUGGAGCCUGUGGUGCCAGAAAACGAGCAUAGAGCUCUAUACUCAACACACAAUUUCAAGAUCCUGUUCAAGGAAGGUGGUUGUGGGACGUUUGUUCCUCUCUUUCUGAAUCUCAUAUCAUCAGUGAGACAAUACAAUCGACAAAUGCAACAAGCAGCAGAAGCAGCGGCGGCAGCUCCACGAGUUGAUCCUCUUCAAGCCGCUCAGACCCCUGUGGAUGAAAUGAUGAGACAUGCGUACGUGGACCCUAAUGAUCCAACGAGGAUAUAUUUGCAGCAGCCAUCAGGGGAAUCUCAGUUGAGGCGGAGAGCUUACCAUCCGGGUGCAGCGGAACAUUGACAUUGUCAUACACGAAAAACACACAAAGGCUAUGGAUACAUAAAUACCUAAGGGACUAGUGUUGCAAAUAAGCAAAGGUGUAGUUGGUUUUAUGUUAACCUUGGAAACUAAACGACUUGUGUAAUGAGAAAGACGAGACUUGUUGGGCGUGUGAGUUGUAUCUGUGUGACAGUUGGAUUCAUAUAAUAAUUUGAAAGUUUGGUAUA